CACGCCCACGGACGCACACGUGACGCGGGAUGUACCCGCGCGACGACGCGGUCCGGCGCGGAACGGCGCGGCGCGCCGCCACUGCUGCAGAGCGGCCGUAACGUAGAGAAAGUCAGUCCGACGUUGGCGCCGCAACAGACGUAUACGGUGCCUCCCUGUAAAAAGCCACCCUCCUGCCCCCCGAUUGCCUCGCCCACCGAAUCGGGGUACCACCCGCGAACGUUCUCUGUUCGAUUAAUCGCGCGGGGGUAUAGAGAGGGGGGGCCAAGAAGCAGAAGAAAGAUAAGCGCGGAUGUGCCGCGCCAAUCGUUUCGCGAAGGCAAUAUUAUUAAGGGAUAUUUUGGAAGAAGAAGAAGGAAAAUUGUUCGCGUCCGAAAUCCAUAUCCAAUAGAGGAUCGAGAUCGAUCCUUGGUGUUAAUAGAGGGUGUGGACGACGUAUCCGCGGGGUUAUCAGUGAUUAACGAGCGUGAUCACUCCGAGCUCGUAGUGCCUUUUUCCUUUCGUUCUCCGUUUUCCGUGCGGGCCACCGUCUUCCGGUCCCGCCCCUUCCUGUUGGUACCGUCGGUCCGACUUUCGGCCCCGCGUGGGACAUUUCAGAGUGAUCGAGUAAUCUCUUCAUCUCUGCCGUGGGUGUUUAUUCUUGUUCCUCCAACUCUCGCUGAGAUCCCGGCCGCAGCAUGCUUUCGUCUUCGAAGGCUUUCCCGCCGAUUCUCGCCGUGGCGCUCGUCAUCUGCAUCGGUGUCGCGCACGGUCUUAGAUGUUACAAAUGUGGACAGUACAACGAGGGAGUUGGCAGCAUUACACCGUGCAUUAAUGCCACCGCACACAUGCUGAUGGAAUGCCCAUCCUCGGACGAAUGGUGUAUCAAAUACGUCAGCGAAGGAUCGAUAGUGCGGGACUGCGUGAACAAGUGCGUGGAAAAAGAGGCCUGGAGCACGAGGACGUACUGUUGCCAGCAGGAUGGCUGCAAUUCCGGUCCAUCGUUGACAGCGUCGAGCAGCACGUACUUCGUCCUAGCGAUCUCGUUGGCGGUCUUCGUGGUGUGCCGAAGCCUUCGUGGCUAAUACGUGUCGUCCUGCAAGACGAUAGAACCGCGCUGCGGACGUCACACACGCCAUCCUUCACAAAACUUGAAUCACAAAAACUUGCACUUAGGGAGGGAAGUGGGAAGAGAAUGUUGCAACUUGCAUCUCGGAUAUCUGUGCCGAACGAUCGAGGCUUUCUACAUGCGAAUCUAUACGUCGAUAGUCGUCCUUUGGUCCUUUCAGAAAGUCCAAUAAAACUUUAUGUUAUCGUUUAUAAUUAAACAUAUCUUCCCUUUUGCGACGAUUAACGCGUGCUUUCUACUUUUUGACAUCGAUUACUUUGAAUGUGCUUAAUCCAGAUAAAAUUGAAAUUCGUGAUAAUCAGCAAACAUUGCAAUGCAUAAUGUCUCUUGAAAAACAAUUCUGUUAACUUUAUCAGUUGUAUACAUAUAUCAUUAGCUGUGGAAAUUAGCAUUGAUGUAUUAUUCUUGCUGCUAUUGUCGACUGACAAAGGAUUGAUUUAUUAAACGUUAAAGCAUGAUUUCUUACUUAAAAGUUGAUAUCACAUAAAGUAAAGUUUACUGUUCGUAUAAUAUUGUAGAUACACAUAUUUGUAGAUAUACAUAUUCACAAAGCCGAUCUUUAAGAUGCUCGUUGUACAUUUUUCAAACAGUCCGUUUUUCGAAAUAUUUUUUUGUAUCGGAACCAUAAUAUUGAAAGGUAAAUCCAACAUUGAGAAUAAUUAUUCUGUUUCCAAUUUAUUGAGAAAAAUCUCAUGGACGGUGAUUAAGAAAAUAUAACAAAUUUAAUAAGUAAUGCAUAUGUAAUAAAUGCUACAAAUUAUUCCCAAGCAUUUACUCCCUGAUUAAAUGUCACGUCUAACCGAUUCAUACUGUCGCCUUCCAUUUCGCGCGACUGUAUCCACGUCGUACAAUCACAGCCGACUCAAUUCAGCGAACGCUGAAUGCACUUGCUAAACUCGAGCAGAGUUAAGUGACGCGGAGAAAUCGGCUCGUUAAAUUUGAUGCGUUAUCACGCCAACUUCUCCUUCUUCACUCUAUUAAAUUCGCACGCUUCCGCAUGCUUUUACGGAUCGACUGCCCUCGACAGUAAAGUUCUCUUGAUCGGAUUUGAGUGAAAGUUCGUUUGGCAAGUCUCGUUUAGAAUCGAGAACUCGUCUAUGGCAGACAAGGUGAUAUCCCGCGUAGAACUAUCGUUAUCAAUGACGAACUCGUUAUAAUUUUUUUAUUGUCCCGAUAUAGAAACAAGAUAAUCGUGUGUGGAAUUUUAUUUAAAAAAUAUCUAACCCAAUGCAAUGUCUCGAAGCUUCGGAAAUACACGUUCCGCACGCGAUUUCUUGCCAAUGAUGAAAUAGUCGGGGUGGUAGCGACGAUAUUUAACAUUUGUACAACACGCGAUUUGAGAACGACAAAGAAAUAGUCGCCACCAUCAUCAUUGUACCGCGCUUAUCCAUUUUCACGGUAGCUUUCGUGCGAUCCGAUUUUGCAGACGCACAUUUGAGCGAGACUUCUCUCGUGCGUGAUCAGCUUUUUUUUUCUCUACUGUUUACCA